CGUCAUCACCCUUCACGGAAGUCGGUGCGGUGAUGAUGGUGUCCCCGUAAAUGUAGCAGCAGGAAGAGGAUGUUUGCUUCCAUUGAAAGAAUAAUAUCACCUGCUUAUACAUCUUUGUAACGUAGUGAACUGCUGUAGAGUUUUUCUGCGGACCCGGUGAAGAUUUAGACAGCUCACUCCCUCUCCCGGAGGCGGCCCGAAAACAUGUCCCUGUUCCAGUCGGCACUAGAUUUCUUAGCCGGGCCCGGCUCCUCCGGAGCGGCCAGUCGGGACCAAAAUGAUUUCGUCGGACAAGUCGUUGAACUCGGUGACAUGAAGCUGAGAAUCAAGAGGGUGAUCGCGGAAGGUGGAUUUGCUUUUGUAUAUGAAGCCCAGGACAUGAGCAGUGGUAAAGACUACGCCCUCAAGAGACUGCUGUCUAAUGAAGAAGAGAAGAACAAAGAAAUCAUACAAGAAGUCUGCUUCAUGAAAAAGCUGUCAGGUCAUCCAAAUACGGUUCAGUUCUGCUCUGCAGCCUCCAUCAGUAAAGAGGAGUCAGACACCGGGCAGGCUGAGUUUCUGAUCCUCACUGAGCUGUGUAAAGGUCAGCUGGUGGACUUUAUAAAGAGGGUAGAGCAGAAGGCUCCUCUAUCAUGUGACACUGUGCUAAAAAUCUUCUACCAGGCGUGCCGCGCUGUUCAGCAUAUGCACAAACAGAAGCCUCCCGUGAUACACAGAGACCUCAAGAUUGAGAACCUCUUGAUUAGUAACCAGGGCACCAUCAAGCUGUGUGACUUUGGCAGCGCCACCACAGUGUCACAUUAUCCAGACUACAGCUGGUCAGCACAGAAGAGGUCAAUGGUGGAGGAUGAGAUAACAAGGAACACCACUCCUGCGUACCGAACGCCAGAGAUGAUCGAUCUCUACUCCAACUUUCCCAUCAAUGAGAAGCAAGACAUCUGGGCUCUGGGAUGCAUCCUCUACCUGUUGUGUUUUAAGCAGCAUCCAUUUGAGGAUGGAGCCAAGCUACAAAUUGUCAACGGAAAGUACUCCAUGCCUCAGAACGACGUGAAAUACACUGUGUAUCACGACCUCAUACGUUCCAUGUUGAAGGUGAACCCAGAGGAGCGUCUGUCUAUUACAGAGUUGGUCAACCAGCUCCAGGAGAUAGCAGCAGCACGCAACGUCAACCCCAAGUCCCCCAUUACUGAGCUGCUGGAGCAGAACGGAGGUUUUGGCAACAAUGGAGCACAGCCAUCCAUGCAGAUCCACAACAGCCAUAACAAUGCAGGUGUAUAUGACCCCGAUCAGUCUGGCAGUGGCCUGUUUGAUAUUUUAAAGGGAGGAACAGAACGCUUCCUGACAAACAUAAAGGAUACUUCCUCCAAGGUCAUCCAGUCAGUAGCUAGCUAUGCCAAAGGAGACCUGGAUAUUUCUUACAUCACCUCCAGAAUUGCAGUCAUGUCUUUCCCAGCAGAAGGGGUGGAGUCUGCGAUAAAGAACAACAUUGAGGAUGUCCGUCUGUUCCUCGAUUCACGUCAUGCUGGCCACUACGCUGUGUACAACCUCUCCAAACGAUCAUACAGGCCUUCUCGAUUCCACAACAGGGUUUCAGAGUGUAAUUGGCAGCUGCGCCGUGCCCCUAACCUCCGCAGUCUCUACAGCGUAUGUAAGAACAUGCAUCUAUGGCUCAAACAAGACCAGAGGAACAUCUGUGUGGUACACUGUCUGGAUGGCAGAGCAGCAUCAGCAGUGGCAGUUUGCUCCUUCCUGUGUUUUUGCCGCCUUUUCACCACCGCUGAGGCAGCAGUCUACAUGUUCUCAAUGAAACGCUGUCCACCAGGCAUAGCACCUUCACACAAGAGGUAUAUAGAGUAUAUGUGUGACAUGAUGGCAGAGGAGCCCAUCAUCCCUCACAGCAAGCCUGUAGUUAUUCGCUCCAUCAUCAUGACACCAGUGCCACUGUUCAACAAGCAGCGUAAUGGGUGCCGGCCAUUCUGCGAAGUCUACGUUGGGGACGAGAGGGUGCUCACCACAUCACAGGAGUAUGACAGGAUGCAGGAUUUUAAGAUGGAAGAUGGGAAAGCGGAGAUUCCUCUCAAUGUUACCGUUCAAGGAGACGUACUGGUGGUGAUCUAUCAUGCAAGAUCUACGCUGGGAGGACGUCUGCAGGCAAAGAUGGCGUCCAUGAAAAUGUUCCAGAUCCAGUUCCACACAGGCUUUGUACCAAGAAAUGCAACAACUGUCAAGUUUGCCAAGUAUGAUUUGGAUGCCUGUGACAUCCAGGAGAAGUACCCAGACUUGUUCCAGGUCAACUUGGACAUUGAGGUUGAACCCAGGGAGAGGCCCAGCACCAAGACUCCUCCAUGGGAGGGCUUUCAAACCAAAGGCCUCAACCCCAAGAUCCUUUUCUCCUCUCGUGAUGAGCAGCAAGAGAUCCUCAGCAAAUUUGGUAAGCCUGAGUUGCCUCGUCAGCCAGGUUCUUCUGCGUUUUAUGACUCAGAGUCGCCCCAGCCAGCUCAAACCCCAGACAGCUCCAUUGCAACAGAACCAGAGUCUCCGAUGAGCAAUGAUACUAAUUCCAGCAACUUUUUCCAGACCCUAGACUGGGAAGAUGUACGUAGCGCUCAGGAUGCCUCAGACAGUCAAGAAGGAGGAUAUAUGAAUGAACAGGAGGAUCUGAGUGAUCAGUCAGAAGGAGAGUCCUAUUCUUACUCUGCCACCAGUGGAGAGCCAAUGUCACGUGACCACAGCGAGCCGCUGUUUGAUUCUGACUUUCAGACGGCUUCUCCUGCAACACAGGAGGCUCCUCCUGAAGACACAGCUGACCUCUUGGGGUUGAACUCUGACCCUCAACCUCCAACCAUGUCCUCAACUUCGUCCUCUGCUCCACAACACGGAGACCAGGGAGGAAUGAAAGCUGCUUCUAGCAACAGCGACCUCCUCAAUGACUUAUUUGCACCUCCUGCUGGUCAGACUGGAGCAGUGCAGGAAGACUUGUUCUUCAGUGGGCCAGCCAGUGGAGCCACACCAGACCAAAAACCCAUGGGGGAUCUUUUUGAUCCGUUUGGGAUGGGGUCGGGUUCUGGUGUUGGCUCCAGCGUUGGUUCAUCUCGACAAGCCUCUGGACCAGACCUGUUUGGAGACUUGUUGGGUUCUGAUAGUUCAGCAACCAGUGGAUUUGGUUCAGCUCACAGUAACGCCACUCCUGCUUCCAACACCAGCCUCUUCAACCUCAAUAAGCUUGUAAAUGAUACCCCUAAAAUGACAUCAUCAGCCAGCCAACCAGACCUGCUGGGUGGGUGGGACAGCUGGGCAAAAGGAACCACUGCUGGCAUGAGCACCACUGCCAGUAAACCAAGUUAUACCAACACAGCUUCUGGUAUGCCAUCCAUGUCAAAGGCCAAGUCUCAGACCUUUGAUCCUUUUGCUGAUCUAGGAAACCUGAGCUCCAACUUGCCAGGUUCCUCCAGCAGUAAUUUUUCUGGGCCAUCCUUCGGCACAAAGGGUCCUUCUUCCUCUUCUUCCUCUGCUAAGCCUCAAACUCAGCCAUGGCAGUCUGCAAGACCCACCUCAGCCCAGAACAAACCUUGGAUGCCUGGAUCUGGAUCUGGCCCCAAAGGGUCUUCAGCUUCUCAGCCUGCAGGAACACAGUCCUCUAAACCCAACUACAACCUUAACUUCUCCAGUGUGAUCGGUGGGAGAGAAGAGAGAGGAGUUCGUGGGCCUGGAUUUGGCCCCAAGCCAAAGGUAAAGGAGGAUGAUUUCGGGGAUCUGCUCUCAACUCAGGGUUUUGCUUCUAAACCUGACAAGAAGGGACCAAGGACCAUUGCUGAAAUGAGGAGACAGGAGAUCACAAAAGACAUGGAUCCUCUCAAAUUACAGAUCUUGGACUGGAUCGAAGGGAAGGAGCGAAACAUCCGAGCACUGCUGUCAACUCUACACACAGUGUUGUGGGAGGGUGAAACGCGCUGGAAGCCUGUGGGCAUGGCAGACCUGGUGUCAGCUGACCAGGUGAAGAAAUACUACAGGAAGGCUGUGCUGGUUGUCCAUCCUGAUAAGGCAACGGGUCAGCCUUACGAACAGUAUGCGAAGAUGAUCUUUAUGGAACUGAACGACGCCUGGUCAGAGUUUGAGAACCAGGGAUCCAAAGCACUCUUCUAAAAUCCUGGCCUGGAUUCCAGCUAGACCAGACCAGACCGGACCAGGCCGGACUGGAUUUGGCCUAACAAAACAGGAGACUGGGCCAGAUUGGACAGGACUGAGCCCACAUUGGGCCUUAGGGGCAAAAAGCCUCUGAGAGGUGUCCUCUCUUCCAUUCCCUCCUCCCUCCUUUACUUUCUUCUGUUUCUUCGAUCAAAAAAAAAAAGACCUUUUGCCUCAUGUCUGGCUGUAAUGAAAGUUUCCUUGCUGGUCUAUAAACAGCCAGUUAAAUAAACAUUGUGAUCGGUCUUAAACUCACUGCCUACCUGCAUGACUGCCUGAGUGGUGCUGCAAACAUCAGGAGGAAGGAUUAAACAACAAUCACUGAGAAGACAAAGUGGGAACAAAAUCAGAUAAUACAAGGACUUCUAAAAUUAUCAAGAUGACUAUCAUGAUAGUGAUAUUCAGAUAAAACACCCCAACACUAAUACAUUAGCUGUGGCUGAAUAGUUAAUUCAUUUGUGCUCGACACUUGUGCAAACAACCGGUCCUUAACUGAGUGGCAAACCUAAACUGAGUGUGGCUGUAAAAUAGCUAGCAUGUCAGCCAACAUGAACGUUUGCAAAAUGUUGUCCUGAAAAAUAAGUUUUUAUGUUUAGUUGCCUCAAAAGAGCCAAUGCUGCUGCUGAAUCAUACUUGCUGUAGCAGGGAUUGGAUUUUUUUUAAAAAAGAUCCUGCAGUAAAGCAGAAGUAGGAUUUAAAUCUCCCCGGGAUUUUUAAACAUAAGAUCUAUUGAAAAUGACCUGUAUUACCUGUACUGCUGCACCUUCAGGGGUGAAGGCUUCUUUGGGGUUUGUUCUCCAGACAGUUGCCUGCUGAACACUACUCGUGCUGCUUGUACCAUUCUAAUUUAUUUUGCUGCACACACUCCUGAGAUUGAUGUUAAAUCAUGCUAUAAACUCAAGUGGGCAGUCUGUUGUUUUUGAAGUGCUCUUUUAAUCCCUCCCACUCAAGCUACACCAUGUAGCUAACUGCAUGCUCUCCUACAGCAGACCUCUAAACAACUUGAGGUAGUAUGUUUGAUUUUUUUUUUAAACCAGGGUAGUCCGCAUGGGCAGCAGCUUUUUUUCUUUAUCUUUUUUUUUUUUGGGAUGAAGUGCUCUUUUUCUUGUAGCAGAAAUGGAGAAGGGAUCUCCAUCGUAACUGUCAUUAAGCCCUCUCUGUCUCUUUAAACUUCGCCCGCCUCCAGCAUUUAGUUUUGUUUUUUGCAAGAGGAGUAACUGAAGGAUCGAAAAAGAGAAAAUGGUGAUUUAACCUAGUUGCUCUGUGUUUUCUGUUUUCUUGUUUUUUGGGGGUCCAUUCUGUGUCUGUAUUAAUCUGUUUGUCGGUUAAUCAUCACUUCAGUGUAAAUAUGAAAGUAUUAUCCAUCAGGUGGUUAAGAGAGCUGUUUUUUUGAGCUUCAUGGCUGGUUGUGUGAAUGGUUGUGUGUGGGUGUGUGGAACAUAAAGAAACCUUGUUGGAUAAAAUGCUUUCUUGUCUGCAAUCACAUUUUUCUUCUUAAUUUAAUUCUCAGCCUGUCCCGCACUCUGUUAUUAUUGUGGGUUCACGACUCUUUCCAACUCAUUUUACCUUGUUUUCCCUUUUUUUUUUUUUUUUUUUUUUUUUUUUUUUGUAUUUCACAUUUUACCUCAUGGACCAAUCAAAUCACCUGUUUUCUUAUUUAUUACUAUGUUUUUUGGGGGAGAGGGAGGGAGGAGGGGUUGGUAACAUGUAUUCGUGCAUAUUAAUGGCACAAAUUGACCUAAUAUAUAUAAGUGGAAUGUGCUGAGUUGAAAUGGGAAUGUGGUUAUUUGAUCACAGUGAGCCUCUUUGUUACUGUCAUUCCAAAGUAUCAAAUAUCAAUACGAAUGUGCUUUUACAAAUAUAUAUAUCCUCUCAAUUGUUAUGUGCUUAUCAGUUGUCCAUUCAUUUGCCUUUUUUUUUCCUCUUAAAACAACUGAAAUUUUUGCUUCUGUUUUCCAUUUUGAAAUUUUGUUACCAUUCAAACAAGGGGGCCAGCAAAAUGAAAAGAGGUAAAGGUUAUUUUGAUGCUUGAAGUUUACUUGAGUCUCUCAUCCACAAUAUGACAUAACAGUAUAAAGAGUGUUGAUGGCAACAAAACAAAACUACACAUCGCAUCGGCAGUGUGCUGUACCAAAUUACAUCCUACUAAUAUGAAUGUAGAUUUCAUGGCAAAAACAAAAAAAUUAAAAUCAUUUUGACCUGAGGCAAAUAUUUGGCUGUUUUUUCUUUUUUGGUGGGGUAGGUGGAGCCUUCACAUUCAGAACCAAAUAGUCUUCUAAAUUAGGAAAAGCUCAUAAGUAACUUUAAUUAGGCCUUAGUAAAAAUAUGCUACUUUAAUUGGUUUUUUUUUUGGGGG